AGUCAUCUCCUAUAGGUGCCAUUGCAGCUCUGCACUCACCUUCAGUGUGAGCUCCACUAUGGGCCACAGGAGGUCUGACUGGUCCAGGACUGAAAGAGAAAAGAACAGCUACCUGGUGCCACAGAGCGAUGGAUGACAGAAGUACCAUGGUGCACAUUCUCGAGGAUCCUCACAUGAGAAGAGAGAGCGAGAGACUUCGCAGCUUCCACGACUGGCCUGCAGACUCACCGGUCACCUGUGGCCAGCUCGUCAAAGCCGGCUUCUUCUUUCUGGGCUCUGGGGACAAAGUCCAGUGUUUCUGCUGUGGAGGGAUUUUAAGAUGCUGGGUCCGGGGCGAUUGUCCAGCCACAGAGCACAGGAGGCAUUUUCCCACCUGCAGUUUCAUACUGGGUCAAGAUGUGGGAAACGUUCCUCUCCAGGCCGGAUCCUCGGACUCCGUGGACGGUCAGUUGCUGAGUCAACUCCACAGGAUGACUAUGGAUGAUCAGGGCACAGCUGGACAAGCCGUCUACCCAGAGAUGGAGGCGGAGGACUCCCGGCUCACCUCCUUCCACAACUGGCCCUCUGAGGCUUCAGUCCACCCAGAUGUUCUUGCCAGAGCAGGAUUCUUCUACACAGGUCACAGCGACAAUGUCAAAUGCUUCUACUGUGAUGGCGGCCUGAGAAACUGGGAACCAGGAGACGACCCCUGGCAGGAACAUGCCAAGUGGUUUCCACGGUGUGAGUUUUUAAUCCAGUCACGAGGGCAGGAUUAUAUCAGAAACAUACAGGACACUCAUUUCCAUCUGGGUGAGACUGUGGGUGGAUUACAGACAUCUACAAGCAGAGACAUUGGCCCCAGACAUGAUGGGGUCGGAGGUCACGGAGGAUCCUCAGCCAUUCUCUCUCCUGUGGUGCAGACUGUGCUUCAAAUGGGCUUUGAGUCCAGUCUGGUGGAGAGUCUGGUCCAGACCAAGUAUCUGCUGUCAGGCCAGCACUACACCUCAGUGUCUGACCUGGUGUCUGAUGUACUGCAGGCAGAGGAGGAGGACAGACACACGGCUCCACAGAGCACAGAGGCAGAGGAGAGGCAGAGCUCCAGUUCUGGAAAUGUGAGGAUGCAAACUCCUGUCAGAGGCAAAGUGAAGGAGCCAGGCCCAGAGGAGCUGCUGCGGCAGCUGCAGGAGGAGAGGACCUGUAAGGUGUGCAUGGAUCAGCUGGUGUCCAUCGUCUUCAUCCCCUGUGGUCAUCUGGUGGUGUGUGGCGACUGUGCUGCCAGCCUGCGUCACUGCCCCAUCUGCAGAGCCAUCAUCAGAGGCAGCGUGCGAGCGUUCAUGUCGUGAGGCUGACCCUGCAGGACAGCUGUCCACUAAGUUUAGCUAUUAGAAUAAUAAAAAUUAUAAUAAUAAUAAAAA